AUGACGAGAAAUAUUUCUCUACUACAAAAUAAUAUUGGUAUUAACCAAGGCAAUAAUGAUGCAACUCAGAUAAAUAAUAAUCACCAUACAAAUAUUGGAGAGUAUGUACAAGAAAAAGAAAACUAUCCAAGUAUUUCUUUUAUAAUACUUAUCUCUUUGAUAUUUGGAAUACUUAGUUUAAAUCAUGGAUUGUAUUAUGGGGUCUUAUUAAUCACAGUAGCUAUUUCUCCUGGGGUAUUAAUUAUAUAUCAAUUUAAAAAACAAAUAAUACAAGGAGAAAUUAGCAUCAAAACAAUUACAGAUUUAUUCACUUUUGGUGCAAUCAUUUCUGUCUCCACUACAUUAAUUUUAGAAGGAUUGUUCUUUAGUUGGAUUUUUAAUAUCAAAAAUGAUCAUUACAAUUAUAUAAAUAAAUAUGGUUGUAAUAUAGGAUUCCCAUUAUAUAUAUUCAUAAUUAUAUUAAAAUAUAUAAUUUCUAUUGGAAUUGUAGAAGAAGGAUGCAAAUUACUGGGACUUUUAACUAUUAAACCAUAUAUUCAAGAUAUUAAUUAUAGAGAAUCUUUUACCAGCCAUUAUGUUAAGUCAAAUAUUGGAUAUGUUUUAGGAGGAAUAUCUACCUCACUUGGAUUUGCAAUUAUUGAAAAUAUUGCUUAUCUUUCAAAUUCUAUGGAAAAUAUUAUCAUUAUGUUUCUAGUUGGAAUUGCUAGAGCAAUUAUUUCAAUCCCUUUCCACAUUUUUGCAUCAGGUUAUACCAGCAUACAACUUAGUAAGCAAACUUUUAGAGAAAAUCAUCACCAUUUAAAUGAUGACCAUAUAUCAUUUAAAAAAGUGAUUACUAAACUUUUAACUCUACUUCCAGCAGGAGUAUUACAUGGAAUAUAUGAUUCCAGUCUGAUAAUUAUAGUAAUAAUUAGCCAAGAUCACAGUGAUGACCUGGGAUCUGAAUUUAAUCCUAUAGGUGAAAUAAAGACAUGUCCAAAAUUAUUUACUAAAAUAUAUAAACUGGCAACAUUAAAUCCAUUUUCAUUCAAGAUCAGAAAUUUAAUUGGAAGCAUUCAUAGACAAACCCUAGUCCAGAACCCAUUAAUAAAGUGUUUUAGUCCACUUUCUUAUAACCUAAUUACUCUCGGGUUCUUCCUAAUCUCGGUAUUUUCAUAUUUUGCAUGCUUAUUCCUUUUUCUUCAUAACUGGAUACAUCUUGAAAGGCGAACUUCCAGUAGAAGAAUAAUGGCUGAAGCUGGAAAUAGAAUUAGAACUGGAGCUGGUGAAGUUGAACUUGUAGGAGAGUAUGGCCAGGUAUAA